AUGGCCUAUUUUGCUUCAACACCCAAGUACAAGACCCAGGAAGCUCAUGAAGAGUAUGCUGAAGAUCAACUCCAGGACUGCCAUUUUGUGUAUGAAGAUCCUGACAAUGAAGAGCAACCUGGCGCAUUUUUAUCAGAGUAUAUCUUACACAUUCUCACCUCCCAUCUCAGCACAAUAUCUGGGAGAGUGAGGGUUGAUGAGCUGGUUGAAUUCGGGAAGCCUGGGUAUCUGACUGCACCUGCGCUUGCUGCCACAGCAGCUUCACAGGCCUUACAAGCACUCACAGGGUUUCACAAGCAUCACAAGGUUUCACAUAUUCCUCUUGUUUGA